AUGACAACUGUGGAAGAAAAUACUGAAAUUGACUGGGGUAACGAAAGACUGAGCCGAGCUCAACGUGCCGUCGAAGCUAAUACUUACGAUGUGGAUUCCUGGUCGCUCCUCAUCCGUGAGGCCCAAACGAGACCAAUCAAUGAAGUACGUCCCAUGUAUGAGAAGCUGAUCAAUGCAUUCCCAACUACGGGCCGAUACUGGAAGAUUUAUAUUGAACAGGAGAUGAAAGCGAGGAAUUUUGAAAAAGUUGAAAAGCUGUUCCAGCGAUGUUUAAUGAAGAUCCUGAACAUAGAAUUGUGGCGACUGUACCUAAACUAUGUUAAGGAGACCAAAUGCAUGCUGCCUACUUACAAGGAAAAAAUGGCUCAAGCCUACGACUUCGCGCUGGACAAGAUCGGCCUGGACAUCCACGCUUACCCGAUCUGGAAUGAUUACAUCACGUUUUUGAAGAGUGUGGAGGCUGUGGGAUCUUAUGCUGAAAACCAGAAGAUCUCUGCUGUGAGAAAGGUGUACCAGAGGGCAGUUAUCACGCCUAUAAUAGGUAUUGAGACUCUGUGGAAGGAUUACAUUGCGUUUGAACAGAGCAUCAACACUAUCAUUGCUGAAAGAAUGUCGAUGGAGCGUUCCCGCGAAUACAUGAACGCGAAGCGAGUGGCCAAGGAGUUGGAGACAGUGACUAGAGGUCUGAAUAGGAACAUGCCUGCCACACCGCCUACUGCUGACAGGGAGGAGAUGAAACAGGUGGAACUAUGGAAAAAGUACAUAACGUGGGAGCGUUCCAACCCCCUCCGUUCAGAAGAUACAGCGCUUGUAGCUCGGCGGGUGAUGUUCGCGAUAGAGCAGUGCUUGCUCUGCCUGGCACACCAUCCUGACGUCUGGCACCAGGCCGCGCAGUUCCUCGACCAUUCCGCCAAGCUGCUGCAGGAGAAAGGGGACUCGAAUGCGGCGCGUCUGUUCUCGGACGAAGCAGCAGCAGUGUAUGAGAGGGCCACCAGUGGACCUCUGAAACAGUCCACGUUAUUACACUUUGCCCACGCCGACUAUGAGGAAAGUAGACUGCAUUAUAAUAAGGUACAUCAAGUAUACACCCGUUACUUGGACAUGGAGGACAUCGACCCUACCCUGGCGUACGUGCAGUAUAUGAAGUUCGCCAGGCGAGCUGAAGGCAUCAAGUCUGCCAGGACUGUCUUUAAACGGGCCAGGGAGGAUCCUAGGUCCCGCUACCACGUGUUCGUAGCGGCAGCGCUGAUGGAGUACUACUGCUCCAAAGACAAAAACAUUGCUUUCCGUAUCUUCGAACUUGGACUCAAGAAGUUCUCACACAUACCUGAAUAUGUGCUCUGCUAUAUCGACUACCUGUCUCAUUUGAACGAGGACAACAACACCCGUGUUCUCUUCGAGCGAGUCCUAUCCUCAGGGAGCCUCAAACCGGAGAGUCAGGUCGAUAUAUGGAACCGGUUCCUAGAGUUCGAAUCUAAUAUUGGAGACCUGGUCAGUAUCGUCAAGGUCGAGAAGAGAAGACAGGCUGUGCUGGAAAAGAUCAAGGAGUUUGAAGGCAAGGAGACGGCGCAGCUAGUGGACCGCUACAAGUUCCUUGACCUCUACCCGUGUAGCAUCGCUGAACUCAAGUCUAUCGGGUACACCGAGGUGGCCUCAAUGUCGAACAAGUCGUGGGCACUGGGAGGCCCUCUAGCGGGGAUAUCGCCAGAACUGGCAGCCGUUAUACUCGGACAGAAGGACAACGACCCAAACAAGGACAUAGCGCGGCCGGACACCAGUCAGAUGAUACCGUACAAGCCUAAAGUCAAUCCAUUGCCUGGUGAACAUCCUAUUCCAGGCGGAACAUUCCCCCUGCCUCCCGCGGCGGCGCAGCUCUGUACAAUGAUGCCGCCUCCCUCCAGUUACCGCGGACCCUUCGUUGCCAUCGACAGACUCAUGCAACUCUUCAAUAGAAUCUCUCUGCCGGACAAACCGCCUGCGCCUACAAUGGAGAACGGCUGCGACACCAAACUGUUCGACCUGGCGCGCUCUGUGCACUGGAUCGUUGAUGAUGAGGGCAUCACCACCGUAUCCAGCAAGGCACGGCGACGGAAAGCGGGUGAAGAUUCUGAUGAUGAUGAGCUAGGAGUCGCGCCGCCAGCUAACGACAUCUAUCGCCAGAGACAGCAAAAACGAGUCAAAUAG